CCUCCUCCCGCUGCCGGUUGUGCGCGCGGUGGGGACUACACCUCCCAGCGCGCUCCGCGCGGCGCGCCGUUUGCCGGGAACUGUGGUUGGCGCCGCGGUCUCCCCGCGCGCUGUAGCUGGGGGCGUGGUACAGCUCGGGCGUCCGGCGCUCGGCUGUGGCUGGUAGUUGGCGUUGUAGCAACGGAAGGCGGCCCGCGGGCGUAGCGGUUCCUCCGCGAGGCGGCGGGGGCCGGAGUGCCGCGGGGCAGCGCCGCGGAGUUCGGUGCGCGCCCUUCCCGGCGGUCGGCGGCGUCCCGAUGCGGGCGCCUCGCGGGCAGCCCGCCCUGGAGGAGUCCCUGCGGCGGUACCAGAGGCGGCUCCGAGAGCGUGCUAAUGAAAGUAUCCAUCAGCUGAAAUAUGCCUUGGAGGAAAGACAUUUUGCGGAGAGUAAGGAUGAAGCUGGAUUUGACCAGUCUUCUGUGGACAAGGGCACUGAUGAUGUGGACGGGAGCAACGACAACAGUGGGAAUCCACCCUGGGAGGAACUACAGCACAGUCACGCAGUUAAUCAACUUAAAAUUUUGUUGCAACAUCAGGAAAAGAUGGAAAGUGAAGCCUCUCCAUCAAGGAGAAAAAUGCAAUUCCAAAAAACCCCAGAAGCUGUAACAGAAGACUUACCAGACCCUUCUGAUCUUAUUCCUAGAAUUAAUGAUCAGUCUCAGUACAUUAACCAUUUAGAAGCAGAAGUGAAGUUUUGCAAGGAGGAGUUGUCUGAGAUGAAAGAUCAGGUUCGAGUAGUUAUACUUGAAAAUGAGGACCUCCAUCAGAAACUGAAAUUUUUGACUGCAGAAUAUACCUUGGGAGAACAAGCUCUUCUAGAUACCUCGAACUCCAGGCAUAAUGACUUGAAGCUGCAUCAACCUUCUAUAUCAUCAUCAGCGUAUAACAGAGAUCCAGCUUUGGUUUCAAAAACUGUUGGAGAAGUAGAAAAAUGGCAUGUAGAACUGGAGAAACUAAAACUUCUUUAUCAGGAUAAAACCAAUAUCUUGGAUGCCCAAGUACAAUCUCUAAGGAAACACCUUUCAGAAUCUCAGAAGACAUGUGAAGAUUUGGAAGCAAGGUUAAAACACCAGAAAUCACUUGUUUCAGCCACAAAUUCUAGUCGAGUUGGUGGUCUUUGUCUCAAAUGCGCACAGCAGGAGGCAAUUCUUGCACAGACACAUUCUAAUGUUCACAUGCAGGCAAUUGAGAGAGUAACAAAAGAAAGAGAUGAUUUGAUGGAUGCACUUGUUUCAGUGAGGCGAAACAUGAAAGAGAUGCAGCAAAGAGAAUCUAAUGCAUAUGAGCAAGUUAAACAAGCUGUGCAAAUGACAGAAGAGGCCAAUUUAGAAAAAACAAAGGCUCUAGUUCAGUGUGAGCAACUGAAAAGUGAGAUGGAACGCCAGAAGAAUCGUCUUGAAAAGGAGUUAGCUGUCCAGCUCAAUAAGAGGACUGAGGAAAAAGAAGCUCUGCGGGAAGAAAUGAAGAAAGAAAGGGAGAACUUGGCAGCAAUGGUGACGGCCUCGUCUGAGAAUGUUGCCAUGUUAGAGGCUCAGGUAGAGAGAAUUACAAGGGAAAAGAAUUCUCUGGUCAACCAGUUAGAAGAAUCACAACAUCAGCUUGCAUCUCAUGAAAUGGAGAUGAACAGGGUGUGUGGAGAAAUGCGCUAUCAGUUGAAUCAAACCAAAAUGAAGAAGGAUGAGGCAGAAAAGGAGCUCAGAGAGUACAGAACAAAAACUAUAAGGCAGCUUGAAAUUAAGGACCAGAAAAUAGAAAAGCUGGGAUUAGAGCUGAAUGGAAACAAGCAGCGUUUGGAACAAGCCCAGCAGGAUGUGGCAGGAGCCAGAGAGGACUGCCUAAAAUUGACAGAACUGCUGAGUAAAUCUGAGCACCAACUGCACCUCACCAGAUUGGAGAAAGAGAGCAUUCAGCGCAGCAUUAGCAAUGAAGCAAAGGCCCGAGCCCUUCAGGCCCAGCAAAGAGAGCAGGAGCUGACACAGAAGAUGCAGCAAAUGGAGGCCCAGCAUGAGAAAACUGUAAAUGAAUUGGACUCAUUGCUGACCUCCCAGAAAACAUUCAUAGGAAAAUUAAAGAAAGAAUGUUGUUUGUUGGCAAGCAAGUUGGAACAAACGUCAGAAAAAUACAGAUCUAAAGUCAACCAGCUUAGUCAGGAAAAAGAGUAUCUUCAUGGCAGAUUGGAGAAGAUGCAGAAACGGAAUGAUGAAUUGGACCAACAGUGUAUCCAGCAUGGGAGAAUGCAUGAGAGGAUGAAGUCAAGGUUGCAUCAGCUGGACAAGCACUGCCAGGCCACUGCCCAGCAGCUUGUGGAGCUCCUCAACAAACAGAAUCAGCUCUUCAAAGAGAAGCAGCUGCUGACAGAAGAAGUGCAGUUUCUGCGAACACAGGAAAAGAAAUGGGAUGCAGAUCUCAAACAGGACACAGAUGGAAUCAAGUAAAAACCUGGAUGGAUGAAGAGAAAUGAGAACAAUUCUCCUCUGUACACGCCUGAAACCUGGGCUUCUCUGAAGCUCACAGAGAACCAUUUGCAGAGAAGCAGACAUGCUGCCUACUCUCACCUGCUUUGCAUUUGUUUUUAACUGUAGUGCCAUCAACAUACUGAAACAUUACUCCCCUACUGAACUUUCUAGGAAGACAUCUCAGACUUGCCUAAGACACCGCAAUCCAAUGGCAACAGCUGUGAUGGAGCACGCACUGGAUUCGUUAUUUCUACGAUUUUUAUAAAAUAUUUUUAUCUAUUUUUGUAAUACAGAUGUCUGUCUUAUUUACCAAUGGCAUUCCCAAUAAACUUAGUUUACUAAUUCUUUUUCUCCUGGUUGUGUCCUUUUGUGUUCAAGGGAAGGCAUGUGUAUGUGGAAGAGGAGACUGGUAAGCCCAGCACAGAUCACACCAGGCUUGUGUUAAGGACUCACUACUGGCAUCUACCUGGGAAACUGAGGUUUACAAAGCAUUUGUCUCCUUUACACAAAAAUCUGAGUCCUAACAAACAACUACUUAUCCAGCAGAAGAGCAUGAGAAAGAUUGAGUCAUUUCCCUGGGCCAGGUUUCCCUUUAGUGGUCAAAGCCUCGGGGACAGAGGGACUGUGCUAGCACAGGCAUUGAGGUGCUGGGUUCCUGCCACCAAGGAAGCUGUUUAGGACCCCCGUGCUGGCAGACACUCCGCUGUCUCAGGGAUGGGCAGCAGCUGAACUCAAAUGCAAAUUACUGAACUUAAAACAUUUGGCAAUAUAUUUGGAGGACUUUUUUUUUUCUGCUUGCCUUCAUGUUUGUAUUUUUAAAACGACUUUCCAAAUGCCAGGCUCUUUCAAAAAGAAUUUAUCUGAAUCUUUUGCUGAACUACUGCAUGAUAAACUAUAGAAGAAAAAAGUUUCUACAUUCAGUGUAAUUGCUGAAUCGCAAUGGUGAAGAGAAGAAAAAAGUGCAGAGAACGAUUCCCCUGUGAUAAAGCUGCCCCAGCCAGCAUGAACACUUGAAAUGUAACAAAAAUAGGAGUAAUGGCAGAUGCACCGACCGAGUUACCAUUUGCUGCGGGACUCAAUCUUUCCCUUGUAUUUCAGGAAUUAUUAGUGGUACAGCUUUAACAUCAAAGUGGUUUUCUUCCCAUUUCAAUUUCCUGCCAUAUGAAACUGCCAAGCACAUCUGAGCUCCUCCCCAGCCUGCCUCCCUGCCAUGACAGUAAAUGUGCUUCCACUGCCUCAGGUCUGUCAAGAAGGAACGCCUGACAAAGAAGGUUCCUGUCUAGCACAAGUGUGGGCUCUCCACACUCGAGGACAUCUUUUUCUGUAACUGACACUACUUUAUAGAUAGUUAGGUAAGAAUGUGUUUAUAAAUGUAAGAAACAGCAAACUUUUUUUUUUCCUACGCCAUAAAUCUAUGUUUCAAUAGGAGAAGUGUCUCUCGGCUACGAGUGCAAAGGAACUCAGGCACCGAGUCCCAGCACUGAGGCUUCACUGAGACCCCGGAGCACAGCCGCACCUCACCCUUCUGGACCUGCCUCACUGCCAGCUGGUGCUGGUGGUAUUGUGAAGAGGGCAACUGCCAGCCACUGGGGUGCGCAUCUACAAGGAGCAACUUCUCUGCAGCAGCUUCUCUGCUUGUAGCAGUUGCUUAUUUGCUGGGCACAGACAGGGCCAGGUCUUCCCAGCUCCCAUUUCCCCCCUCCUCACCAACUAUUUAGCCACAAAAUGCUUGGUUUUAUAAAGUUUACAAAAGCCAGAUGAGGUGAGAAAACCCAGGACCUUUCCUGUCUCAGCUGGAGCAUCACCUCCUGAUGUGCUCUGUGCCCAUACCUCCAAGCAGACUGAACAGAUGGUCCUGCUGUCCCGGCUGAGGCCCAGUCACUAAUCUGCUAUUGCAUCUGCAACUUUCUCUCUUGUGCUCCACCCUUCCUACUGGGGAAGAAAAAAGAAAGAAAAAGAAGAAAAAAGAGAGAGCUGGCUCACACAUUUCCUCACAUUCCAGGGAAGGGUUCAUGUCUGAGAACUGAGCUGAUGCCCAGACUGCUCAGGGACACUCAGCCCUCCUGACCCAAACAGGCCAGCUGGGCUUCAAUGAGUCCCACCUCAAGGUGCCCUGCAAAUCACACCUCCCCUGUCUCCCUCCCCCAGGACAUUACUCUAGCUAAAGGAUUUGAGAACAUGAAUUCCACUAGAGGACAACGCACUUAAAUACUGGGUGUUCUGAUAGAAUGCAGCCCUGUGUAAUCAUUACUUGAAAAUUAUAACCCAAAUUUACUUUUAAAAGAUACAUAUACCUCAAAGAAUUAACAUGAACCACCUGCGUGGAAAUAGCCUUGGUCCACAGCACAAACACAUCUUGCUUAGCCAGAAAAGCCUUUUUUGGUGACAAUACUAUAACUGAAUUUACAAGCUGACACUGCUCACCCGGUAUCUGAAAUAGGUCACGACAAGGAACAGUUACCACGAGGACUUCACAGCAAAUAAACUUGUAACUAAACAUGCACAGAUCAUUAUACAUACAGUGAUAAAAAAAUAACGAUGUACAUUUUCUUGUAAGAAGAAAUUAAGUCAAUUCUUUGUGCAUUUCAGGAUCGAAACAUCUAACCUAUAUAAAAUUAUUCUAAAAUAUGAAGUAAAUAUUUAAACCAAAACUCGAGAGAUCUUUUGUAAUCUGCAAAACCACCUUCUUGCUUCCAUUUUUCUGUCUCUGACGCAGAACAAAUUCAGAACUUUAUCCUCUAAGAUAUUUAAUGUGCAGAUAUAAAAAAAUAUGUCCUUUGUGGCAAGCCUGAACAUUUAUAUAUAAUAUAUUUACAAACCUCCAGAACAAAUUAGCAUUAAAAAACACAGAAGUAGCAGAUUGACAUAGUGCUUUAUUUAAGCUGUCUGUACGAAGGAAAAUAAUGUGCAUCCCUAUCAUAUAUGUGUAAAAAUACUAAGGAUGUACAGUGUACAAAAACAGUUUCUUGUAGUUAUUUCACAUCCUUGUGGGUCAUAUACUUAAGGAAAUAAACAGUUUAAGUAUGACCAACAGUAAUACGGUUUCUUGGGUUCAUAGUCGUGUCUGCUUAAUAUCCUUAACCAUAUGACUAGAUCUUGCAUGGAUCUAAUGAAAGAACUAGCAAGGUCAAGAAAUGUCACAAACUCUAAAGCUACAGGGAGGUAAUUCAAUUACCAAUUUAGAGGUUUUUAUUUAAAUAAAUACUUUACAUUUCAUGCUUGCCUGUAAUGCACUACCAGGAGCAAGAUAAGGAAAUUCUACUGUAGACAGUACAAACAGUAGCAGCAAAGUGUGUACAUUGAGGUGUAAUAUAUAGACCCUGCAGUUAGUAAGGAGAGACCUUACUUUUGUACUCUAGGAGAAGCACAUGGCCCCUGCAAGAACAGUCAGCUUUAAGAAGCCGCGAGGAUAGAUGGAAAAAAUGGAAAACAACACUGGAAUAAAUGUUCUUUAAGCAACAGGAAUGUACUGGAAGAUGGAUUCGUGUGGAAAGCAAAGCUGUGUGCAAAACUGCCGAAACCCAAACAGAAAUGACCUAUUUCUCCAAGAUGGCUGCAGUACAAGAGGGCAUAGUGUAUGUCAUGGAAGUCAGUACAAGCUGGAGUCAGCAUCUGAAAUGUACUGUGCUCAGAAGGCUCAUCAGGUACCCAGCCACCACCAUGCGCUGCCCAAGCCCAACUUCAACUGCAAGUGGGAAAAAAGGAGCUUCAAAAGUUUCUCUCAGCACAGCCUGUAAUUCUUCUUUCAUCCAUUUCUAACACUGCUCAGAGAGAAUCUCCCAGCCUGGGGCAGCAUUAAAUGACACUGCUAACUUUAUAAUAUAUACUUGAUGAAUGAGACUUUGGAAGGCAGCAACACAAUGCAAGUUGAAUGAAGCCUUAUUAAGAGGUUUUCAAAGAAUUCACAGAGAAAUAUUUACUGCAAACUGCAUUCUAACGAGCUAUGCAAUGAUGAAUCAAACCCACCUACGGGGCCCCUUUCUUCUCAGCAUGAGGAAGGGUUGGCCAGAGGCACAACUCCACUCAGCCAAGAACUAUAGGUGCCUGUGUCAAAAACCUUAUUGCUGUUAUAAGCUGAAAACGUUGGAAAAAAGUAACACCACAGGCACGGAACACAGAUUUUGAACCACCAUAGUUUCAGCCUCUUAAGCCUGAGGCCUUUGCAGAAAAUUAUAAUGCCCAUCUACUGCGUCAUCAGUUACAUCAGUCACUCACUCGCUGUCAGCGCAGACACUUCCACAGACCUGCCAUGCAUUUACUGCGCUCGCUCCCUACAGAGGGAUAAUCUCUACACAUUUAGUGUUAGAAGGUGACAGCAUCAGAUCCUAUGUAGUUAGCAUAUACAUCGUGAUAUAUUUCUGACUGAUUAUCCAUCCAUCACUAAAGAUAAAACAUGAAACACUAAAAAUUGUCUAAACUAGUCUGCGUCUUUAGCUGCCUUGCUGAAAUGCCCGUUUGCCCCUUGUCAGUCCCAGCACGUGCACUGCCAGCAGUGGGCUUCAUGCCAGGACACUCAACUCCACAUCAAGGGGCUAAGGAGGCAUCUGGUAUGGUCUCCUUUCAGACUCAUCCCCUCACUCACACAGCGCAAUGUUCUGAUAUCACAGUCUUUGUGGGAGCUAAAAAGUUACGAACACGGAGAUACUUUCAAUGAUAAUCCCAUGGAGUUGGGGUUCUCAGAUGUCAUUAGCAAGGGCGUGUGCACAUCGCUGCACUGCGUAACAUCCCAGCUCCUAGCACCAACGGGUUUAUUAUUAAGAUUAUCAUUGCUGAAGAAGAAAGCUAAAGUUUACGCACAUGCUCUGUUAGAUAAAGAUCUUCGGACGUGGAAAGACAUCUUCCUAGCGGCAGUGUUUCUUGCAAUGUCUUAAAUUCAGUCAAUCUGGUACCACGGUCACGGGUGACAUGCUGGGUUUCACGAGGGCAAACUUUCCUUGACAAUGGCUGAUCCCAGAAAUUUACUAUGUGAAUUAUCAGAAUAAAGUGCUUUUCUUGCAAUCACGGUGGUCUCAUUGUUCAGAUGUUUCCCUCGCACAGAAUAGAAAUUUUCUAUUGUGCUCUCAGGCUUUUUACAGUAUCUUUAUCCUGAAUACAGCACAAGAUGUAGUGUUCUUAUUUAUUUAGUUUUAAUCCUUUGACACGUGAAGUUGGAAUUUCUCGUCUCCACUGCCAAAGAAUUAAAAGACAGUAUUUCAUUCACAAAAAAUCUGAUUCUAAGCAGUAUGUACAAUUUCAGAGCCUUGCUAAUAUCUCCACAUUGGACAAAAGUGCGUUAUCCCCUUCAGCUUGUACAGUCCUUCCAUAUAUUACAACAAAAUUAACUGCUAUAAGCCUGUUCUACCUAAGAUGUAGCAGCAUUUGCAAACAUGACACAUACAAUCCUUAUCUCUAAAAAUAAAUACUACCGCAGCAUAAACAAAAAAAAAA